AUGGAAGAUGUUUCUAAUCGCUUCCCUUAUGACACCUUUACUAUUUUUGGCGAUUUUAACAUGCCCUACGCGGAUUGGAACAGAGAUCUUGACAGGGGUCCCAGCUGCUCAGCAAAGGCUGGAUCGUCCAGAUUACAAGCUGAGUUCGUGAAAGUUGUUUCUAAUUCUUUAGAUUUUUUAAAUUUUACCAAAAUUAAUGACAAUCACAACGUUCAUGGCUCCUUGCUGGAUCUCAUUUUUACUAAUCACAACCCAGACAAAUGUCGUGUGGCUAUUGAUCCCCUACUACCUGUUGAUGAUUAUCAUCCUCCCCUAUUACUUGAUCUAGUAAUUAGGAGCGGUUCAGUCCAAGCUAAUACUAGUUUAAAUCAUAAUACUAGAUCCGAUUUCAAAAACGCUAAUCUUUCUGCGAUUUGUACUUAUUUAGGGGAAAUUGACUGGUCAAACUUACUUACAACUGCAACGGUAGACGAGUCUGUUGACAUUUUUUAUUCUCAUCUGUAUAUAGCCUUUGACUAUUUUGUACCUGUAAAAAACUUUAAAACUUCUAGCUUUCCCUUAUGGUUUAACCGAGAUCUAAUAAAUUUAAUUUUAGCUAAAAAGGCCGCUCACGCAAAGUACAAACGCACAAGAAAUUUAAACGACUACUUGCAAUUCUCAUUUCUAAGAGUGCUGACCAGUGAACUGUCCGACCAAUGUUACAGUGAUUACAUUAUGAAAACUGAAAAUUCUAUUAUUGCCAACCCGAAUCGUUUCUGGGUUUAUGUCAAUUCGAUUAGGCAAAUCAACGAUAUAACUAGCCAAAUGUGCUUGGGAGAUAAACACGCCGAUACGAACGAAUCCAUCGCAAACCUAUUUUCUAAUUAUUUCAAUUCAGUAUAUACUACCCCCACAGAGGAGCUUGAAUUUCAAACUGCCUUAUUUGACGUUUUCGAUUUUUCCUUUGUGGAUAUAGCCGCAGAAGAUAUCAAAGUAAAAUUGAUGAACCUCGAUGUGAACAAGGGUGCCCGUCCUGAUGGUGUUCCUCCCUCCUUGAUAAAGUCAUGCUGCCUCGCACUAAUCGAACCGCUUCAAAUCAUAUUUAAUAAAUCAAUUAUUAACGGGUACUUCCCGUCAGUUUGGAAAAUGGUAUGA